AUGCAACAGAUAAGAAUUAUUCUUGAUAUUGGUCGACCAGGAGAAGAAAAACCAAGUUUAGAUAUUAAGGCUACAUCAAUACAAGAUGCAAUUGAUCAAUCAGUUCAACACUUUUGUGUAGAAGGAGUUUUUAUCUUAACAGAUAUGGAAGGGAUACCAUUAAAUCAAUUAACAUUUCCAAAAAUUAAAACAGCCAUAAUGACAAUGUCACCGGCAUUUGUUGCACGACAAUCUAUUUUAAAAAUAAAAAAAGCAACGACUGAAAACGAAAAAGAAAAAGCAAUAAAUGAAAUAGUAAAAGAAUUACAAAAUCAAACAUAUGCAAGAGAAUUUUUUAAAACAACAUUAUUUCCACCACCAUUUAAUAAACAAAAUAUUAAAAUUAUUAAAACAUCAAUGAGAUAUAAAGAUUCUAUAAAAUUAAUGUUAAAUGAUAAAUAUAUUCAAGAGUUAUAUAACAUUAUGUGUACACAUGAAGAUUUAGAAAUAAGAUUACACGCAGCAGAAAUAUUAAAUGUUUUAUGUAUUUCAGGAGGAGAAAUAUUUAUUGUUUAUGCAGCAAAAGUAUUUGCAGAAAAAAGAGAUGAGUAUAAAUACAGAUCAUUAUUACCAAUGAUUGGAAAUACACAAAUUGGAGCAACAGUAGUUGCACUAUUAUUGGGAAUUUUAAAAUGUUCACCUGAAGGAAGAAAAAGUAAAAUUGUUAUGGAUUUUAAAUAUGUUGGAAUAACUGAAGCAGUAAAAAAAUUAAAAUCAUAUAAAUUAUUAGUAGCAAAUUUUGAAAAAGCUUUAAAAGAUGAUUGUCAAAUAAUAAAUUAUGAUCAAAGAAGUAAAAGAGAAUGGAAAAGAGUUGAAGAAAUUCGACAAAAUUCUAUUCAAUUAGAAAAUAGAAUUAAAGCACUUUGUUUAGAUAAAGAACGAGCAUUAAAAAGUAAAGAAGAGUUAUCAAUGAUAUUAGAACAAAAAAAACAAGAAAUAAUAAAAUGUAAUGAAGAUAUAAAAUUUUUAAAAGAACAUACAGAAGUUAGAAAUAAUAUUUCUAUUACAAUAAGAAAAUUAACUAGAAUAGAACUUAUUGAAGAAAUAGCAAAAACUAAUAGAGAUAUUGAAUUAUUUACAAAAGAAAAAGAAUGUUUAUUAAAUGAAAUUGAAGGUAUUCCAAAAGAAAAGAAAAAAGUUAAUGUAAAUAAUUUCUUAGAACAAAAUGAUAAAGAAAAAAGAAAACCAAUUCCUCGAGGAAAUUUUAUAAGUAAAAGAGUUCCAACACAAAAUUUUUCACAUUCAAAAAUUAAUUGUCUUUGUGAAAAUACAUUUAAUCAACCUAAAAUUGAAUUAUCUGUUUAUUUACCUGAAUUAAAAUGGAAUAGAAUUAUUUUAAAACCUGAUCAUCCAAAAUGUUUAUGGGAUCUUCUUCCUGAAAAAAAGUUAAAUAUUUCUGAUGUAGAAAAUUCAUUUAAAAUAGAAGAACAGUGCUCAACAAAUCCAGUUAUUUCAAGAUAUAAAUAUAUUGAUUUAUGUGUUUUAAGAAAUAAAUUUCCUUCAAGUGUUUCAUUAGGAAUUGAUAUUAAUAAUUUUUAUUAUCGUCAAAUAACUGAACGUGAUGGCAAAUUUUUAAUUGAUACUCUUAAAGGUAUUCAUCUUAAUGAAUUAGAUUAUUCUGAUGGUGGUAAAGGAAUUGAGGGUUGGUUAAAACCUUUAUUAGAAAUACCUGCUUUUCAAAUUAAAUUAAAAAUGUGGGUUGAAUCAAUGUUAAUAGAAAAUGAAAUUAAUAGAAUUACUCCUUUAAUUCAAAAUUGUUUUAAAGCUAUUGAAGUUGUAAAAAGUUCAAGAAGUUUUAAAGAAUUAAUGAAUAUUAUUUUGGUGACAGGAAACUAUUUAAAUGCUGAUUAUCCUUCAAUUAGAUGUGCAGAUGGAUUUCAAAUAGAUCUUUUAAUUAAAUUAAGAGAAACACGUCUUCCCCAAAAACAAGUUAGUAUGCUAGAUUUUGUUAUUAAAAUUCAUUCUAAUCCAGAACAACUUAUCGAAGAAUUGUCUAUUUCUUCAUUUGCUAAAAUUGAUUUAAAUGAAUUAAUUAAAGACAUUAAAGAACUUAUUUUAAAAUGUUCCUCUUUAAAACAAAUUAUUCAAACCCAAAUCAUUUCUCUUCCUUCUAAACAACAAAGUCAUAUUACUGAAGAAGUUAAUACAUUAAUGGCUCGUGUUAUUUAUUUAAGAGAUUUUAUUAUUAAAACAGCUAAAAAAUUCUAUCAAAUGAUGUAUUGGAUUAUAGGUAUUCCUGCUGUUGCUGUUGAAUAUAAUCCAAUCACAUUUUUUGGUAUUCUUGAACAAUUCACUCAACAACUUAAAGAAUCUCUUGAAGAUAAAACUGAAUUAAAACCAUCUGUCACAUUAAUUAAUAGAGCUUUUACAGAAAUGACAAGAAGAGAAAAGCAAGUUCAUUUUAGUGAUCAAGAUGAUUUACUUGCAAAAGUUAUAAAUUGUUUAAAGAAAGGAAAAAUUAAAUCUUCUAUUUUACGUAAAAUAUUAAAUUAA